GAGGGGCAGAGGUAAGAGAGGCAGAUAGUCAGGGAGGGCAGGAACCAUGGUGAGUGGAGUUAGAGUGAGUGAACAGAAUCAGUGCAGAGCAGAUGUUGAAAUCUUCUGAACCCUCCUACGCCAUCUCUCUCUCUCUCUCUCUCUCUCUCUCUCUCUCUCUUCUCUUUUCUUUUUGUUUUUUGAAGAAUCCUUGGAAGACAUCGCACAACUUUCCUCUCACACAAUAGCCACUGCACUCUGGUUAGAAUUCUCUGGUGAGCACAUGGUCGAGACGCAGUGAGGUUCGUUUACUUGGAAUGGUGAGGAAGAAGAGGAACCUGUCGUCUGAGAGAACCUGCUACCAUCAAGAUGCCCGUGAUGAAGGGCCUGCUCGCUCCACAGAACACGUUCCUGGACAGCAUAGCCAACCACUUUGAUGGCACUCACAGUAACUUCCUGCUGGGAAAUGCUCAGAGCCGCUGUGGUUACCCCAUCGUCUACUGCUCUGACGGGUUCUGUGAGUUGACAGGCUUCGUUCGGACCGAGGUCAUGCAGAAGUCGUGCACCUGCAGGUUUCUUUACGGGGCUGAAACUAACCACAGCGUGGUCCAACAGGUGGACAAAGCCCUGGAGGUACAACAGGAGUACCAGGGAGAAGUCGGCUUCUACAGGAAAAAUGGUAACCCAUUUUGGUGCUUCCUGGACAUCGUGCCUAUUAAAAACGAGAGAGGGGAGGUGGUGCUAUUCCUGCUGUCCUUCAAAGACAUCACGGAAUCAUAUGGAGAAAGCUGUCACUACAGCCAGGGAGAGGGGAUGUCUGAGGCUGCCUACCACGGCAGGAAAAGCAACCAGUCACAGUUAUUCCAAACUGGAGAGAGGGGGAGGAACGUUCUCCACCAUCUGACCAAUCUGUUCACCAAGAGGGGCAAAAGGAAACUGUCCAAUAGUGUGUUCCAGAAACCGUCUCCGCCGGAGUACAAAGUGGCAGCUGUGAAGAAGUCACGCUUCCUCCUGCUGCACUACAGCAUCUCCAAGGCCUUAUGGGAUUGGUUGAUUCUGCUGGCGACCUUCUAUGUCGCGGUCACCGUGCCUUAUGACGUCUGCUUCGCCAGUCAUGAUGAGGACAGCGACCGUCAGUCACUUGUCAGUCGCAGCACUUUGGGCAGUGACAUUGCAGUGGAGAUCCUCUUCAUACUUGAUAUUAUCCUGAAUUUCCGCACCACCUACGUGAGCCAGUCAGGUCAGGUGGUGUACGACGCUCGAUCCAUAUUCCUGCACUACUGCACCACAUGGUUCUUUGUGGAUCUGAUAGCAGCGUUGCCCUUUGACCUUCUCUACGCUUGUAACAUCACUGUGACCUCUCUCGUACAUUUGCUGAAGACAGUUCGUCUGCUCCGACUGCUGCGUCUGCUGCAGAAGUUGGACCGUUACUCUCAGUACAGCGCUGUGGUCCUGACUCUGCUCAUGUCAGUGUUCGCUCUGUUGGCUCACUGGAUGGCCUGUGUCUGGUACGUGAUCGGACGCAAGGAGAUAGAAAGCAGUGAUCCAGUCACCUGGGACAUAGGUUGGCUUCAGGAGCUUGGAAAGCGUCUGGAAACACCAUACAUCAACAGCACCAUGGGCGGUCCCUCAAUGCCCAGCGCCUACAUCGCCUCCCUCUACUUCACCCUCAGUAGUCUCACCAGCGUUGGUUUUGGCAAUGUCUGCGCCAACACAGACGCUGAGAAAAUCUUCUCCAUUUGCAUCAUGCUCAUGGGUGCUCUGAUGCACGCCGUGGUGUUUGGCAACGUGACGGCCAUCAUCCAGCGCAUGUACUCGCGACGCUCGCUCUACCACACCCGAAUGAAGGACCUGAAAGACUUCAUCCGUGUCCAUCGGCUGCCUCAGCAGCUGAAGCAGAGGAUGCUGGAGUACUUUCAGGCCACCUGGUCCGUCAACAAUGGCAUCAAUGCCAAUGAGUUGCUGCAUGACUUCCCAGAUGAACUGCGGGCUGACAUAGCCAUGCAUCUGAACAAAGACAUCCUCCAGCUGCCUGUAUUUGAGCGAGCCAGCAGAGGGUGUCUGCGCUCCCUCUCUCUGCACAUUAAAACAUCCUUCUGCGCGCCGGGAGAAUACCUCAUCCGCCACGGCGAUGCACUGCAGGCCAACUAUUUUGUCUGUUCGGGGUCCCUGGAGGUUCUGAAAGACAACAUGGUCAUCGCCAUCCUGGGAAAAGGUGACCUCAUCGGGGCCGAUCUCCCCGAACAAGAGGAGGUGAUCAAGACAAAUGCGGAUGUGAAGGCGCUGACCUACUGUGACCUGCAGCACAUCAGCGUCAGAGCUCUGAGGGAGGUCCUCAGGCUGUAUCCAGAGUACGGCAGUCGCUUCAGCCUUGACAUCCACCACAACCUCACCUAUAAUCUGAGAGAGGGCAGCGAGACAGAAGGAACAAAACGGUUUCCAUGGACUCCACGGCGGUCCCAAUGUUUUCUUCAGAGCCACGUGUCCUUGGACCACAAACUCCCUUACAUCAUCGAGACGGACAGUACGGAGCACGAAGAAGACGAUGCACAAACUCAACAGAGGAGAGUGCCCCUGCUGCAGGGCAUGGGCAGCCCUGUUCGUCAGCCCUGCCUCGGGACUCUGUUGGGGGAAGAGCUCCGUCACAUCACCCCACUACGCCUCUGCCGCUCCCCUGUUCAAGGUGGCCGAGGCUGCAGCCCCUCGCCACAGAGGUUUACCAAGGACCUGUCUCUGUCUCCUCUGCCCAGUCUUAACACUGACACAGACCUAAACCAUCGUCCGGACAGGCUGCUCAUGCCGACCUUGCCCUGUGUCAGUCCACUGACUCUUAGUCCAAGAGUUGUGGAUGGAAUUGAGGACAAUGGUGAAACUUUUCAAUUCAAUGUGGAGCAAAGUGAAGAAAGGAAUAAUGCUAAAGAGCAAUUACAAGUGAGUGCAAACCUGCUUUUGGAAACAGAGGAAGUGCGACAGAACAUUAGCAAGUUGAACAAAGAGGUGAAUAACUUGAACCAUGAUGUAGCCAACCUCGCCAAGGAGCUCCACGACAUUAUCCACUACCUCCAGUCUCAUAUGGCCUUGCUCCAUUAUACCUCCCCUGCGUCCUCGUACUCUUACGGAAUUCCGAUGGCUCCUCCCCCUAAUGUUACUGCUUCCAGUGACUGGCCACUGCAUGUUCCCUUAAAUGUGGCCACAGGGCCAUACCGGCACACGGAAGCAAUCGGCCACGCUGUGAGAAACGUGUGGUGUUGCACCGGGACGCCGUCCCAGGGUAGAAGCUCGACACUGCUGUACUCAUCGAGCCCUGGAUCGUCAUGUUUACACUUGUGCUGCUCUGACAGGGAAGGCGCUCCAGCUCACAUGCUACAAAGCCAGUGUGGCUCCUGUCAGGCCUCCAGGAUGUCCCCGAACUCUUCAUGCAUGAGCCACUCUCAUGGUCAGGCAGGUUCAUCCUUAUUGAGCCUCAGCUCUGCCUUCAGCAGCUUCCCUGUGGCUUGUCAGGCACACCAGGGGCUCUACAACACCUCUGUUCCGACGCUGAGUAACUCUCUUCCCGUAUGUUCUUCAGUUUAUUCUUGCUACACACACCCUUCUCUGAGUGGCCAAGCCAAACCUGAGCCAUCCAAUCAGACCAGGCCUCAGACACCCAUUCAUUCCUCCAUCACUCCUACAGGCCAGCCACAGUAUCACACAGCAUUCAGUUCUCUCAACUCCUCAGGCGUAUCAGUGUGCACAGGGCACACACUGGAGGAACGGAGCUCCAUCAAUAGUCCCAGGCAAAACGAACCAAUAGGAUCCAGUUCUGUACACCCAAUGCCUAAUGUUACAUGUUCCCUACUGGGCCAGGUAGCAGACAGAGGUUCUAGAGCGUCAGUGUAUCAAGAAAGGACAGAUGACAUAGUUGACCCACAGGGAAAAGGCAGCGUCACUCCAGAUCAAGAACCUUAGCCUCCUCUAGUGGACAUGAGUGGAAUUCAAAAACAACAAUAACUUUACUUUCAUGUUUAGUAAUGGGUAGUUAUGGUAGCGUGUAGUAAUAAAACCCAAAUGCAUGAUAAAAAAGUACUAUAACCGAAUAAAUAAUUCCUACUUUCACUAGUUUUUAAUGGAGAACAUUUUUUGUGAUUCAAUUUUGGUAGCUUGUGAUUGUGUUCAAACAGAUGUUAAUACGGAUGUGUUAAUAGGUUACUGACUACUGGCUGUGGAGUAUAAGCUACACCUAUUUUAUUUUUUAAUGACAUCAGCAAAUUAAUGAUUAAUUGUUGUUUUGGUUUUUUAAAAUUCUGAGAUGGCCCCUGUACUGUUUCGAGCUAGGCCUAAAAUCUAACCAGCUGGUGAGCAGUGUUACCUAGUAGUGAGAAAUAGCAAGUGCAUUUAAUGACUUGUUAUAUUUUUAUUCUUUGAAGAAUAUACUAUAUAUAUACGUGUAUAUGAGCUUGUCAUAUAAAGCUAAUGGAUUUAAAGAAUGUAUUUUAUUUGUAAUUUUAUUGUGGGCAUAUAAAGACAA